CGAUCAACAGUUUGCAAGCGCUCAUCAGUGACACCUUGAACUUUUUCAUAGAGAAAAUGGGUAUUGCAUUGACCUGCGGAGCCUCUCACUUAUUUCCCCCCUGACUUCAUUAUUUGAAUAGAGGCAAUGGACUCUCAUUGCGCUGCGUAUUAACUACCAGAUCAAUUACAAAUUACAAAAGGAAGAAAGGAGAAAAAAAAAAAAAAAACCCUCACUGGCUCUGAGGGGCGCUUUAUGACCAGCGGGGGCCUCUCUCCUACAAUGGAAGCUUUAUGCAAAUGGCCAGUGCGCAACUUUGCGCAAGAAGUGAGCUGCGAUCCAGGGUGAAGUGCGGGUGGUAUCGUAUGCAAAUACGCAUGCUGACGUUAGAGAUCAUGUGGGUUUUGGCGUAGAUUCCCCACUGAUCGAGGAUUUUUUUUUUUCGCCGUUGUGCUGUUUGGGGGUGGGGGGGUCGAAUGUUGCGUUUCCCAGCGUUCUGUUGUGACUUCAUCAAGAGAAACAUUGUAGCAACACUGUUUGCCAACGUUCCAAAGCACGUCAUCGCGUUCCAAGACCUGGCCGCAGGUAAGAAACUUCGACAUUGACGCACAAACAACCCAGCAAAGCCGAGCGGCUGCGUCUGCCUGGGAUUUAUCCACCGACACCGCGGGGUUUGUUUGUUUAUUUUUCUAAAUUUAUUAUUAACUACUCUUUCACAGGCACAUCAAAGAGCGGUUAUAAGAGGUAAAAAGCAUGUAUUGGGUUAAUUCAUUUAUUCCAUUCUCCCAUGUUAACUUUAGUAGCUCCCGCGUGUUUUGUGGAUCACAGGAGGAGGGGGGUAGAAGGAGCCCCUGGUGGGAGGCGUGGGUGGAUCAGGGAUUUUUCUCCCCCCUUCUUUUGUACUGGAUCGGGUGUAAGUUUGGGUGGGAUUGCAAACAGGGGGCUUGCAUGAGGAGACCUUAAUAACAUGUCUACGUUUCCCUAUGUCGACAUAAGCAACAGAAAAUAUGGCGUCCGCUUUCGACAGGGCGUUACGUAGAGGCUGUAGGGUGCGUGUGAGAGCUGAUUGUUUGCGGGUUUUGUACGCGCUAUGGGGGCUGUGGGUGUUUAGCUCGCUGUUUAUUCCUGGGUUGCCCCAUGGUGAAGUUUUAACUUGCUCACUUUCAUGGCUGUGCCCUCCAUUGGGGUUCUGAUCCAUGGGGCUAUUUGCAAUGAUGUGGCUGCUGUAGCCAUGACGCGGUGGUUCCCUCCCCCCUUCUGACUGCAGGGAGAGAGAGAGCGGCGCAAAACACCAUCAGGGGCAGCCUCCCACCUUCUGUGAUUAGGGUAAAUUCACUAUUAGGCCUCUGUUAAACUCUGUAAACAAGGAGGGGUGUAAAAACCUCCACAGACUCAUCCCACUGAGUGAUCUUCUAAACAGGCUGCUGCUGCAGAACCUCUUUGCAGAACUCCAAAUACACGUUCUGAUUGCUUGCUGUGAAUGGCGACUAGGAGGUGGUACAGGCCAUAAGAUCAAGAGGUUCUGCAGCAGGAGACACUGCUGUAUGUGGACUCUGUUUAUUCAGCCCUAAAUCAUUACUAAUCACAUGGGGUUAAGUAUACAGUAAUUCUAGGGCAAAGUUCUAAAAGUGGAGCAGUCGCCAUGGAAACCAAUGCCAUGCUCUUGCUGGAUGGUUCUUAUUUAGAACUUCGCUCCAGGACCGCUCUUUACAUGAUGACACAGAUGUCCUACCAAUAUGUUAACUCUGAAAUACAAAGAUAAAAUAAACCCCCUUCAGGAUAGCCACUUUGUUGCCUUUAAAUCUGUUUGGACAGCCUGGUUUCACAGCACAUCUGGUGUGGCUACUGUAAAAUAUGAAUUUACUUUUACACACCCACUUCCAUUUUCUUGCAGAUUUGUUUGAGAUGAUUGCUAUUUUUUGUGAAGGGGGGGAGGGGGUGUUUAGGAAGUGAAUAUGUGAUUUGCUCAAAAGGUCACUGGGGUAAUUUACUUGAAAUCCGUGUGAGGCUGUUUGUAGCUAUUUCCUGGCUAACUGUUAUUUUGUUUGUUUUUCGCUUGUGGGAAUCCAAACUUUUAGUAAGAUUUGUUUUUGACUUGACUAACUUGGAAUGUAUGCGAUAGUUCUAUAGGUUGCUGUGUAAUAAUGUUACACCAAAGUAGUAAAUCUCAUUAUUCAGACCUAUUGAAUUCCAUAUUGGUGAAUUCAUUUAAUAUGUUAGCACUAAUCCCUGGUGAUUAGCUGACUCUUGCUGUUGUCCUUCAAAGAAGGGGUUAACCAUGUGUGCAAUAAUAAAUUGCUGGCGCUCUUAAUGCAAUAUUGGUUAAGGACCCAGAAAAAACAACCAGGAAGGGCAGAGAUGAAACAAAACCUGUUUUGAAAAUGAGAAGCUUAUUGUCAAUAGAUAGGCAGGCUGAAUAGUGAAUGCUCAAACUACACAUUUGGAACAUUUUCCCAACCGUAGUGUAGUCACUGCUUGGAUAGUUUAGCUUGAAAUUGUGCUUUCUUUCUUUAUUUUUGGAAAAAUUAUGAUUUGGUGUUUUAUUAAAUUAACUGCAAAGAGUAUCAGUGGAUUUAGUGGACUAGUUUUGGGGUAUUUACUUAUAUGAGAAUGGAGGCAUCAGUCUUACGGUUUACUUUUUACCAUGGCUGGGAAGACCACUACACACAUUGUAUGAUCCAUACCCAAAGUGCCACGCUAAGGGUUACAUUGUAUGAUCCAUACCCAAAGGGCCACGCUAAGGGUUACAUUGUAUGACCCAUGCCCAAAGGGCCACGCUAACGGUUACAUUGUAUGACCCAUGCCCAAAGGGCCACGCUAACGGUUACAUUGUAUGACCCAUGCCCAAAGGGCCACGCUAACGGUUACACUGUAUGACCCAUGCCCAAAGGGCCACGCUAACGGUUACACUGUAUGACCCAUGCCCAAAGGGCCACGCUAACGGUUACAUUGUAUGACCCAUGCCCAAAGGGCCACGCUAACGGUUACACUGUAUGACCCAUGCCCAAAGGGCCACGCUAACGGUUACACUGUAUGACCCAUGCCCAAAGGGCCACACUAACGGUUACACUGUAUGACCCAUGCCCAAAGGGCCACGCUAACAGUUACACUGUAUAAAAAGCGAAGUUUUCUUUCUACGGAUUAUUUUUGGCGCAUAUAUAUAUAAUUUUUUUUUUUUUCAUCCCAUUUAUUAUUUCAUACUUUUACCCUCCAUUGUUACAGGCUACACAUUGGUUUGUUUUUCUCUUAUGUUUUGUCCACGAGAAUCACUCCAAAACAAAGUGGAAGGGUGGUGCUACCAUAUAAGCACACCAGCCUGAUUACGGAGCCAGUACUUAUAUCCUUUAAAUGUGAGUGUUCUGUCUGCUAUAUUACAUACUGGAUUCCACUUUUAAGUACCAUCUGCACUAUUUUGUACACUUUGUUUUUGUUCUUUUACAUGUACUCCACACCAAACCUUUAACCAAGUAACAUGUGGUAAGUUUUGGAUUUGUUUUAGCGCUCCACUUAAAGGUGUAGAUUUUUUCACUUACACCACCUUAAAAUUUCAUAUAUAUAUAUAUAUUGAUGUGUGGAAGUAUCUUAGUUAAUUAUAUUUCUAGGUAACUUUUUAUUUAUAAAUAAAAACUUGUAGCUCCACAUACAGGCCUGGUAAUUGUAGUCUAGUACAAACAAUUGCCAAGACUUUAUCUCUAUGCCCUUUUCCUAAUUUUAACUAAAGUAAUAUAAUUGAAUAUUUUAAAUACUAUUUUAAGCACUUACUAACUUUUCGUAGAUUUCUGUCCUGUAUAACUGGUAACUUUGCUUUGCAAUGGAUGGAAUUUUAAUUCAUAGCAUUAAAUGCUUGACUGUUACAAAGCUCUAAUGCAAGGCCGCCCAGAGGAUGAAUACCCAACUGUUCUCUUAAGGCUUCCAAAGCAUGAUGGGAGUUGUAGCUUUAAAACAGCAGUGAUUCUAUGUUUUUUUCACCACCCCUGCUCCAUAUUGUACAGUUAGGUUCAUGCCUGUUGUGUUUUGAGGCCGGUGUGUGCCAAAUUGGUUUGGGCUCAUGUUAUCCUGUAUAAAACUCGAGUUACUUGGCUUUACUUUUUCUAGAUAUGAAUAAAGUUCUGCUUUGAGGCUGGAUUGGGUGUUGCCAUCUUUGGUUCUUAAGGGGCAGGCUUUUUAAUUCCAAAUCCCACGGUAUAAUAUGAAUAUUUUAACAGCAGUCAUCCACAUAAUUUAAUAAGAGAGGAAAAGUAAUGUGUUCCUAUCACUACAGGAAUGCUGAAUGCACUAAGUGUUUUGAUAUUUACAGUAAAUUAGGAUUUGUAUAGUAAACCACUCAUUGGGAAUUAACCAGGGAAUUGGAAGGAAGGCAAAACCCAAAAUGGCUGGAAUGGAGGGGGGUAUCAUUUCAUAAUAAACUUGUUUACAUUUAUUUGUGAAUUUCGUUAUAAUUGAUCUAGGAUGUAAAUGCGUAUGGAUUUUGUUUGUAAAUUUUAAAGGAUCACUAUAGGGUCAGGAACACAAACAUGUAUUCCUGGCCCUAUAGUGUUAACUCCACCAUCUAGCCCCCCUGGGCCCCUCAUGACUCCAUAAAUAUAGCAAAAUAUUACUGUAUUCAAGCCUGAAGCUGUAGCUCUGCAUGCUGUUUGUCUCAGACUAGCAAGCAGUCUGCUGACAUCAUUAAAAGUGGUGGCCUGAUCCAAUCACAAUGCUUCCCCCAUAGGAUUGGCUGAGACUGACAAAGAGGCAGAGCCAGCAUGAUUUAAACACAGCCCUGGCCAAUCAGCAUCUCUUCAUAGAGAUUAAUUGAAUCAAUGAACCUCUAUUUGGAAAGUUCAGUGUCUGCAUGCAGAGGGAGGAGAUACUGAAUGUCUGCAUGCAUUUUAGGCAGCCAUGACCCAGGAAGGCUCUCUAGCAUCCAUCUGAGGAGUGGCCAGUGAAGUUAUCACUAGGCCAUUUUCUCUGAAAAGACAGUGUUUACAGCAAAAAGCCUGAAGGUAAUGAUUCUACUCAUCAGAACAAAUUCAAUAAGCUGUAGUUGGUCUGGUGACUAUAGUGUCCCUUUAAAAAAAAAAAAAAAAAUUCCUUUUUUGUUUAAAUAGGUGCAGUGUGUGUGCCAAAAUUCUAUACAGUUUUCCUUUAAAGAAACAUUGUAGCACUAUAGUCAUUUCAUCUGAUUUAAACCGGUUACAGUGCUUGGAUCCUCAGAUGCGCUGUCCCUCCGAUCAGUGUUAAAGUGAACCUGUCUUUGCAACCUCACCCAUCUACCCCAAAGCAUUGACCACAUUAUAGAUCACAGAGAAAUACAUGAUGAUGCAUGCAGUGUACAUUUUUGAGAUAUCCACUUACCAUACUCCAAUCAAGUUAUUUUUUGCGUAAAUGUUGGAUUUUCAAUUCACUCAAUAUUCUCUGAUUAUUGAAUAAACUCUAGAGUGGUAAAGGGAACCUGCAGCCAUUUACCUUGGUCUGGACUCCUCCGCUGUGAUCACAUUAGCAAGCUUCAACCCCAGCUCCUCCUCUGCUACACUUUGGUCUGCCCGCACUCCUCCUUGGACGAUCACCGAUUUGGCUUACAUUAUCAGUGAUGUCACGCCACUCCGUUCCUAUACCCCUAGCUAGCGCAUGCAAUGAGUGUCUGCCGAUGAAUUGAGACAAAUGUGAGACAUUUUUUAAUUGGGUUUUUCUCCCAGUCUAUAUAUAGUUAGAAAACCUGCUAGCACAAUGUAUGGAAUUGUUUGCUCCUUUUAGAGAGUAAAGUUGUUUUGAGCACUAUGGGUUCCAUUUAAAGGGACAUUCUAAGCACCGAAGGCUUUCGUUAUCUCAAAGUUUGAUUACAGGUCACUACUUUGCAUAGUUGUGUCAAUAGCCAUUUCAUUUUUAAUUUGUGGACCCGAGAGAAAUCUUAAUGUAUCUUUCCUGGUAAAAUAUUUUAUAAAUUUAGAGUGUCUUAGGAUUGUUAAUGCUGUUUAAUUGCCUUCUCUAGUGUGAGCCGCUGUUACCUGGGUAUUCUACAGACAGCAUUCAGUCUAUCUGAAACCGCAGCUGAAGUGCAUGGAUUAGAGGAGGGGCACUGACUAUAUUAUGAUAUUCAAAGUGUGUCUGCAGCACUUCGAAAGGUAACUGGACAUUUUGCAGUCUGGAUGAUAGUGGCUCUUUCACAUGUCAUGUCACAUUUAGUGCGAAAUGCAACAUACCAGUACCACCACUAAAUGCACUUCAAGAAGGUGCACUGUGGUGUGUGUUUUUUAUUUUUGUUUUUUUAACUCUUCCCUAUUUUGAUCUGGAUUACUUAAUUUCUGUCCACCCAUAUUUAAAAUAGUAUUUGAAUUUCUUGUGAGUGAUUAUUCACUUUUCUUGUUAGUAAUGUGGUGUUAGGUCAUUUCAUUGCUUAGUCAUAGUUUAGCACUGCGCAUACUGUCAUUCGUUCCUAGUGCUUGGUUUAUUAUGUAGACUAUUUCACUGCUGAAAGAAUAGGCUGUAAUGGAAUCCAAAUAUAUGCUAAGCCUUUAAUUCUCAUUACUGGGAUACUCUAAGCACUUUAACCACUAUAGUAUAUUGUAUGAUUGCCUCCAAACUGUUUUUGAACUCUCAGGCUGUUGUACAAAUCAGUCCAGUUGCAGUCAUGAGCUGUGGGGAUGGGUUCAUUUUGUAGUGGUUGUGGUGCUUAGGGUGCCUUUUUUUUUUUUUUGUCAAUCGUGGUUUUAUUGAAAUAAUAGCAUAAUACAAAAAUAAAAUGUUUGACCAGGAUAUAUCAGCAUAGUUAGCUAUGUCACAUAAUUCUGGUUGAUAGACAUCUCAUUUUUAAGUAUUACCAAGUUGGUCGAUUAACUGGUAGCAGAACUAGUAUUGGUGUAAGUGUAUUUUUGAUAUAAAGAACCCUCGGAUAUUAGCUAAUCGAGCAGGAUGCUCACUACAGAUCAGGCAUUCUAAUCUUUUCUCACUGGCUCAAUAAAUCAUUGAUUUAGAUGGCAAAAAGAUAAUAAACAAAUGGAGAUUAAACUAGUUCAAAGAAAAACCUCAACACCGAAAACUAUGUGCAGAGGAAGUGUCCUGAAAGUCUAUCCAAUUCCUUUAGAAGGAUAACUGGGUAGACAGGAGGUUGAGAGCUGAUAAAGUCCGUUGUCUCCUUGUCACUGGGUUCAUGGCUUUCAAAAGUUUCAGGAAAAUGCCUCCAGGUCUGUUUACAGACAGAAACACCAUGCUCCCUAGUCAGAGCGAUCCUGGCCUUCUGAGCGAUCCUGGUCCUAGAUCCAGUACGGAGUAUUAAUCUUCUAUGUCAAGUAACAGCUUGGCAUUCCCGCUGUUGUUUCGGGGCCUUCCGGGUGUAAAACCAGUGCAGGAGUCUCUCCCAUCCAGUGCCAUUGUGCCCUUAAACAUCAAGCAAUGGGGACCCUGAGACCCUCCGUAGCAGCCUGCUCUUAGUCAGAACGUGGCAAUGAAGAUUGUUGUGGUAAAUUGGGUGUAGAAUUGAUAGCCAACUUCAGCCAAGAAUACCAACACAGUCAGUCACAUGUCUUUGGUAAGUCCCGCUCAGCACAAUCAGGGAUGUCAGCCAUUUUGGAACCACCAGGUAAGUCAGGGCUCGACAAAUCCCAGUCGCAAUGGCGGUUAAGAAUUUUGCCCUGGCUCCUGGGAUUGGUCACCCCGUUCCCUUCUCUUUCUCCUAUCUCAAUCCUCGUGUAGCACUCUGUGUACCGGGAGGAAGUGAACUUUAACUACUUUCCUCCGGUGCUAAGGGCCGCACUGCAGGACACCUGGCAAAAUCGUCUGUUUGCCGCCCGCCCGCCCACAUUUCACAGACCCAACCGCCCGCACAAUAGUUCCACUGCGCGGCUUCAUCGCCGGGAGGAAGUAAUUGCAGAUCCCUUCACUUCCUCCCGGCGCACCGUGAGCUGCAUGUGAUAUCGAGACAGGUGGAGGAGAGUCUUGACCAGCAGCAGCCCUCCAUUAGGUGCAGCCAGCCCCACCAAUCUGCCUCUUGCAGUGCCCAGUCCCACUGGAUCCCAGGGAAGCAAGUCUCCUGCGCCCAAAAUAUAGAAAACAGGAGAGUGGCUAAAAAUAUGUAUUCACUUUUUUAUUUCUAUGUGUAUAUACGUCUGUCUGUGUGUGUGUGUGUGUGUGUGUGUAUUUGUGUGCAUCUAUGAUUCUUUGUGUGUGUAUCAAAUAAUAAAUAUCUUGUCAGUGCCUCUUUGUCAGUGACUGUGUAUGUUUAGGUCACCAGCCUCCGAUCGCAUGGGAAUGGUGUUUUUCCAACGCCGUGCCAGUCUAGCCGCAGCUUGCCUGCCUCCAUAACUGAGAUUAUCAAUUGCCAAUCAACAUCACCUCAUGGUGAAGCAUUAAAGCAAUGCAUCUCUAUGGGGAACUUCAGCGCCGCCUCCACGCUGAAUGUAGGUGCUGCAUAUUGUGCAGCACUGAGAUAGGAGACACUUUAGUGGCUUGUGAGUGACUGCCACUAGAGGUGUUACCUAGGCAGCAAGGUAAACAUUGGCUUUUCUCUGAAAAAGCAGAGCUUACAUUGAAAAACCUACAGGGACAGGUUAUAGACACCAGUAUAAAAAACAUCACACUGGCUUUCACCUUUGCAAUUUUGUGCACUUAAAACAAUUUGGUAACAUUACUAUGUAAUUGCUAUACAUUCUGAAUUUGAAGGAUUUAAACAGAAAGGAAAGAUAUGAAAGUUCCUUAGCGGUUUCGGGACAUCUGUAACUCUAACAUAGUGGAACAUGUUGUUUGGCGCUAUAUAGGUUAGCUUAAAAAAUAACCAAGAUUGAGCAGGAAAAUAGUGAUGGAAGAGGUGCACAAAGGAAUAUUUUGCUUACAAUAAGGGAAUUAUUAGGCGAAUAUAGGAAAAGUGCCAGAAACCCAGACUAAAAUUGAAUAUAUAUAUAUAUAUAUAUAUAUAAUUUUUUUUAUUAUACACAUACCCUGCUGAGUAAAUUAAUGUCUUACAGGGUUAUUUACUGAAGUGAGAAUUGUCUGGAAUACAAAGGGAAUGUCAAAUCCAUUGCCAAAAUGUUAUUUUGGUCUAAUAUUUGAAAUUCACUUUAAAUUGAAUCUGACACUCUCAGCCUAUCAACCGCAGCUCCUAGUCCGAGGCUUUCUGAUUCAAUCCUGAUUUGAGUAUGCAUUGGGUUGAUUCCACUGUUGGCCCUUCGGUCCUAGUACUCCUGAUUAGUGGCCAGGAGUUUCUAUAGCCUCUUCCUGUCUAAUGGAGUUGUAUGAGGAAUAUGGGGCUAAAUUCUGCACUCUUCAGGAAAGAUGGAUAUAUUUUUCUAUAUGCAGUUAUGUCAUUUGAGUGUGCAAUGGUCCAGAAAUGUUCUUUGCGGUUUUGUUAUGGAGAGACGUCCUGCAGGAAAGUCUAGUUCUUGAAGGCAGCCAUCAUGUUGUUAUUUAUAUAGCGCCAAAAAGUUCUGCCGCGCUUUACAGUGUGUGGACGAACAAACAUGUAGUUGUAACCAAACAAGUUGGACACACAGGAACAGAGGGGUUGAGGGUCCUGCUCAAUCAGCUUACAUGCUAGAGGGGGUGGGGUAAAGUGACACAAAAGGUAAGGAUAGUAUUAGACUAAUGACAGUUGCAAGAACGGAAUCAGUCGGGAGAAAUUAACAGUUUAAUUGAUACGCUUUUAUGAAGCAGUGGGUUUUUAAUGAUUUUUUGAAGGAGUGGAGACUGGGUGAGCAUCUAACGGAGGGAAGGGAGUUCCACAGGAACGGUGCAGCCCUUGAAGUCUUAAAGGUGAGCAUCAGCAAUGGGAGUACGGACAGAAGAUUGACGUAAGUCUUCAGCAGAGCGUAAGGGCCUAGACGGGACGUACUUGUGUAUCAUGUUAUGAUAAAGUCCUGGAAGCUGCAGUUGCCCGCUGCUUAAAGAGCACUCUGAACAGCAUAAACAGAAUGGCUCGUUAUCAAGGUUAUGGUACAAUAAGUCUCUUUGGGGUUUUCGAGCAGUUUAGACUUAAAGGGAUAAUAUAGUUACCAAGACCACUUCAGCUCAAUGAAGUGGUCUGGGUGCCAGGUCCCCCCAGGUUUUAAGCCUUCAGAUGUAAACAUAGCAGUUUCAGACCAUGUUUACAUUGCAGGAUUAAUCCAGCCUCUAGUGGCUGUCUUCCUGACCGCCACUAGUGGCACUUCCGUGACGCUCAAUGCUGCCUUUUUCGGAACUGCUAUUGGUUGUGAAAGCAGUCAGUCACUGGAAUUCAUAAUGUUGUUGGCUGUCUCUACAUCAAACAGCCAAUCACUGUGCCACAUAUAUUUUGAAACAUACUUUGAAUUCUGGAUUUGUAAAUCUGCAAUUAUGAAAUCUACCAUCUUCUGCCUUUUGUUCAGGGCUUCUGUGUAAUGAAUUUUAAUAAAGUAAUUUGUUUUUGUUUGUUCACCCCCCUAUUAAGUUGCUUUGUUUAUGAAAAAAAUUGUGAAUAGACAAUCUGCUAUUUCUUUGCUGAGUAGUUUAUUAAACAGCUGCAUGCAGGCUCUACGUAUAAUUUUCUGAUAAAGGUAGGAUGGAUAGUUGUUGGGACAAAAUCAGUGAUUGUCUAAUAUUUCCCCCCCCACCCCCUGCAUGUACACAGCAAAAUAACAAAUUUCAGAAACUCACGCACACAAUCAGCAAUGUAUUAAUUAUAGCAGUAAAGCUAAAAAGAACCAGUCAUGCCUUAUCUGGCCCUCCGCCCCCCGCAACGAUACCGACCUCCGGUAUGCCUUCACUCCUCACCGUUUUGCCCUGCUAGGGAAAGGCCCCUCCAUGAUGGAAACGUUUCUUAAUAUCCGUUCCUACACUCUCUAAUCGGCCCUAGUGGCAUUGGCUAGAGAUGCGCUGUGUGUCGAGAGCAGGAGGACUUCUUUUGGGAGGUCCCUUAUGCUCUCCCCGUAAAUCAAUUCUUUGGCAUAGAGUUUAUGCCCAAAAAUGUAUUGAUUAGGUGAGAGAAAAACCGAUUUCCUUAAAAAUAAAAUGUCUCCCAAUUUAUAAUUUGGUAGCAAAACUCUUUGAAAUGAGCAUUAGUAGUUUGGGGGAGGAGAGGGGUGUGGUAAGGGGGUGACAAGUUCUCUUUUAAACAGAAACAUUUUUAAUAAUUAAGGAUUUUUAAUAAGAAGAAAAAAAUAAAAUCAAGCCAUUUAAAUUUAGUUAAUAUGCCACAACAUGGAGGCUUUGUGAUGACUGACCCAUUGCGUUCCUGUAGGCAGUUGUCUGCAAGCUCUUUUGACUCUGUGUUCUAUGCUUUGCAAGAUACUCUGGUUUACAUGGCACAUUUCUUCGCUGGAAUUCUUGGCCCGAUCUCUAGACUGCAUCUGUGCUGUGAAGACAAUUUUUUGCUCAAUAUAGAACAAGCCUGGCUUUGCUUGUGUUUUGUGGGCUGUGCUGGUUGGAGUCCAAGAGUGAUGUAAAAAAAUCUCAUUCUAAAUUGUGUGCGUGCGUAUUUGUCAUAUUCCAGGUGCUAGGUAGCAUUGCUGACAACAACUGUCCCUGAUAUUCAGAAAUUCUCUCUAGAUACAUAAGUUCUCGGUUUCAGUAAUUUUGUAGCUUUUAAAACAAAAAGCUAGAUCCCGAAAUUGUGUAUUUAUUUUUCCCUACGUUUUUCCAAGAAUGCUAAGUAUAGGGAAAAGAAAUAUAGAUCAAAUUAAAGCUGCUACGUUCGCUGUCACCAAAGAGAAUUUGGCAACGUUUUGGACCAAAUAUCAGAUUUUGAUUAUGCCUUUAUAUACCAUUGUCAUGUAAUAAACCGCAGCGUGAAUUUCCUCCUACCGUUGCAUUUUAGAAGUCCUCAGUCUUCCAGGUGACUAGCCAUGUUUGUAGUCCGUCUGUUGCUUCUCUCAUUCAGGAGGUGUAUAUUUCCUGCUAUAUUUACCUUGCUGCUCUCUUGUGGCUUACUACAGUUGAGUUACGAUGCAGGGUCUCUGGGGAGCAGUAAGAAAAUGCAAACAUCGCUCCUUCUUUAUCUCCGAGACCCACCAAGGUCACCAGGGUUCCCAUGUUUAGGUGUUUGAUAACGGGCACUUGCUGGUAGGUUUAUGGCAUUUUCAACUAACCUAGGCAGUAUUUCUUUUUCAAUGUUUCGCCAAUGCAGACCACAUUGUAUUGACGCGUGACAACACGAGUGUGGGGUACUUUGUUUCUCUUCUACACAGAACCUGUUUAUUUAUUAAAAUAUUUUCUCACUUAAGAUAUAUUGAAAUUGACUGUAUUUCACCGCAUAAUAGUCGCCACCGCAUAAUAGUCGCAACCUGGUUUCAGUCCAAAAAUAGGUUCAAAUUCAAUUCAUCACAUAAUUGACCAUUGCUGUUUUUGGCGAGACAUUCUUAUUCUUAAAAACUGAUGGCGAACAUCCUACUGUUCUUAUACUGAAGGGAGGGUUUAUUACCCAUCAGUUUAUUGUAUUUUAGUGAAUUUUAUCUAUGCAAUGCAAUGCGUCAUAAUUAACUGUAGCCCAUGAACCUUAUAUGUAUAUUAAAGAAACACUAUAGGCACCCAGACAACUUCAGCUCAUUGAAGGGAUUUGGGUACAGUGUCCCUAUUGUCCUUAGUCUUGCAAUGUAAAACAUUGCAGUUUUAGAGAAACUGCAAAGUUUACAGGACAACAGCGUCUAGUGGCUGUCUACCCGGGAUUUAAGGUCACUUAACUGAUGCUGGACGUGCUCAAGCUCUGCAUAAGGACAUCCAGUGUCCGUGAAAUCCCCAGAGGAAAGCAUUGAGUCAAGAAAUAUACACAUUGCCUGUCUAUAGAAUAUAUUUACGUAUAUGCAAUAUGAUUGUGAUUUUUAUUAUACAUGCACAUGUGGACUGUUAAGGUUGACAAUGUCUGUUUCACAAACAAAUGACUGGCGAUUUCCACAAAAGGCUGGUGAUUAAUCGCCAAGGAAUUCUGAGCUAUUGCAGUGUAUUCAUCACUGUUAUAUGCUGCUUGAAGAUAAGAGCAGAGGUCAUUAAUCUCGAAAGCUUGCACUUCAAUACAAUUCCGCUAGCUAGUAGGGUAUAUUUUCUAAAUUCCUUCAAUAUGUCAGUGUCUUUAUUAUGUGCGGAUGAGCAAUGAGUGAGAAAUGUUCUAUGGAUGUUUUUGCAAAGCUGUUAGCCCCCUACUGUUCAUGUUUUUGUUUAGUUUUUUUUCCCAUUCAUUACAUUAGGCAAAAAUAUUCCCAUUUUGGUUCCUGCUUUGGACCGCUUGAAAAUUGUGGUUGGUUAGUCGACAAGCAAUAAAACGUGUCUGUCAUGGUGCCAAAAUUAAAUAUAUAAAGUGGCAUAUUUUUGUUUGUUUAAAAUCUAUAGGCCCAAGGUUGAGCAUGAUGCUGGUGGAAUGCUCAUACAAUUUAGAAAAUGUUUUUAGUGAUUUAAAUAUCCUGGAAUUUCUUAGGUACAUUAUUGCAUUGUUUUUUUUAACCCCUUAAGGACCAAACUUCUGGAAUAAAAGGAAAUCAUGACAUGUCAUGUGUCCUUAAGGGGUUAAGCCUGUUUGAAUCAGUCUGUGAUUUGGUAUCUUAAAGGAACAUGCCAUUUAAUUUUUUAACAAUUUAGUACAAAUACCCCAAAUGAAAAAAUGCAUAUCUUACAAGCUAGUGGAAAAAUGAUCCCACGCUAAGGUUCAAAAUAUGCUUUUUGAAAUACCCUGGGAUGUCUUCUUUAAGAAAUGGUAUGGGGUAUUCGGAUUAUAUAGCCUGGUAAAACACUCUAAAAUGGGACAUGGGCACAGCGUAAAAAUGUAAAGUUUGGAAAAAACUGGAAUGGCUGUAUCCCAAAUGUGCCCCUCUGAUGUCCACAUAUACCUGGCAAAGGUACAUACGGUGGUAUUGCUGUACUCAGACCACAUAGCUGAGCAACUUAUGAAGUAUUAUACAGUCGUAGCACACAUAAGGUUUGCAAAAUAUACUGUGCAAACUCACUUUGUGUCAAAAAGGCAGAAAAAACGCUUAUUACCACUACACCUGAUACAAGCUAGUGGAAAAAUGAUCCCACGCUAAGGUUCAAAAUAUACCCUUUGAAAUACCCUGGGGUGUCUAAUUUAAGAAAUGGUAGGCCUUUGUGGGGUAGUUUGAAUUUAAAUCCUGCGAAGAUGCUUGGAAAUUGCACAUACGCCCAGCGUCAAAAUUCAAAGUUCAGUAAAAACUGAUAAAUGGCUUGGUCUCCUAUAUGGCACUGUAGCUUCACAAAAUAGUGCCAAAGACAUACUCAGAAGACUUAGCUGAGCAUAAUUUGGGGGGUUUGAACUUAGUGGCACAUAUGAAAAAUACAAAAUGCCCAGCAAAAAUGCAAUCCGUAUAUAAAAAAAUAAAAAGCACAAUUAUUUUUUACCACAUACUUUGGCAUAUAUUGGUGAAAAAAUGGGGCCUGUUAAGGCACAAUAUGCACCUUAUGAGAUACCCUGGAGUGUCUGCUUUUACAAAUGGUAGGCCUUAGUGUUUUUUUUUUUUUUUUUGAACAGUCAAACUUUUAUAUAAUAAUACCCCAAAUGUAAGCAAAGGCUCAUUAAAUCAGUCUCAAAAUUCUAUUGUGAAUACUGAAAAGGACAGGUAUCCUGUAUGGCACUGUAACUUCACGAAAUAGUGCUAAAGACAUACAAUGGGGGUGUCAUUUUACUCAGCAGAUGUAACUGAACACAAAAUAAAACAGGAAUAGCACACACCAACUUUACAAAAUAUACAUGAGAAUUUCUUUGUUAUAAGUUUGUGUGCCAAAAAACACAAAUGCAAUUUUACUCCAAUAUUUAGCAGAGGUUGGCGGUGAAAUGGCUACGUAGAAAGUGUCAAAACAACCUUAGGACAAUAGCCUGUGAUGUCUACUUUAUAUAAAUAUAUACUUUUGUGUGGCAAUUUUGUUUUAUUUUAUGGCUAUGACAAACAUACCAAAUUCUAAAAUCGCUCCACAUUAAAAGUUUUUUACUCCUUGUGCUUUGUGACCUGUAACUACCAAAAAAAAACUUAAAAUCCCAGACAAAUCAGAACAACUAAAUGAAUUUAUUUUUAAUUACUUUCUUUAACCUGCACUAAUUAGGUACACAUUAUUAUUGCAAAAACUGUAAAAAAAUAAAAACAAUUUUUUUUUUGUUGUUGCAUUUUUCUGUAUUUUUUUUAAUAUAUAUAUUAGUGUGUGUGUGUAUGUGUUACAUCAAAUUAAAGCCCUUUCUGUCCUUUUAAAAAAGAAAAGGUAUAUAAUGUGUCGGUGCAAUAAAUUAGUAAAAUGCAAAUUGCAGUUGAACGUAAACAGCAAAAAAUGCUGUUGUCAUUAAGUGAAAGACAAGCUUCUGAAGCUCUGUCCUUAAGGGGUUAAUUAAAUGCAUGUCGGUUUUCACUAUAUUUACUAAACAAUGAAUUUAUUUUUGGGCAAUGUGGUAUACCUUUAAAUGGUGUACAUGACAAGCAAGGGCAGGGAAGGUAAUUAAAGCACUCCCAAAAAAGUGUGACCCCAGAAAAUUAAAAAAUUAAAAUCACAAUUUAAUGUGGGGGAUAUGUGGAUGAGAUCUUGUUGUGAUUUUGUUAAUGACUUACAGCAAUGGAGAGUCAACAUGGCUCACACCACGCAAAUGCCAAACAUAACCAUGCUAAUGCUCCAUGAAUGAGCACCUUGUCUUAAUAACCCAGUGGUUUCACAAUGUAGCUAAUGAAGCCCUUUCAACUAUUCAUGCGUUAAGCAACACCUGAAAGUUUUAAUUUGACAGCUCGCUAACGAGAUUAUUGACUAAAGUAUGAUUUCUGGGAAUCCAACAUAUAUUUCACAUUUUAUCCCAAAAUAGCCCAACUGAAAACACGGCUGGCUAGGAGAAUUGAUCCAGUUUGGCCACUUAUGUCUAAAUUAGAGAUUUCCCAUCUCUCUGUAGUCUUAUUUGACCUAAUUAUGGACUUGGAGAAAGGAGGUUUUUUUUUUUGGUUUUUUUUUUGCUUUCUCGUGUGGCCUUCAUUUUGCGAAAGUGAUCACAAACCAUUGUUCAGUGAAUAUACCCCACGGUAUUGUGGGAAAGUUGUGUAAAGUGAUCACAAUCUGUGUUGUUUUUCCCCACAUCUGUGAAAUGGCAGCAUAUGGCUGAGGCAGGCCUGUCUGGCAGCAGACGGACUCAUCGUGUGGUUUUACUGGCUUUGCAUUCUCUGCAUUAAGGCGCAGUUCAAUGGUCAAGUGAUUUCCUGUUCAGCGAAGUGUAUUUCUCUCGCGUCCGUUUCAAAUGUCUAAGAUGUAAACUGGUUCCUUUUUUAAAAUUUUUUUUAUAUUCCUAUACAUCGAUACUAUAGUAUGCCUAAGUUUCUUCCAUAUUUUCAAAGUAUUAUCCUGGUUUCUGUCGACUAUUUAUAUAUAUAUUUUUUUAUUGUUUUAUAUCCCCAUCGCAACGCUCUACAAAGUAUGUUUAAACUAUAAAAACUAACAUCAUAGAAGAUCUGUGGGGUUUUUGUUUGUUUUGCAGGACUACAUUCUAAAUGUUUGUCUUCUUUUAAACCCCUGGAAUUUCUGUGCUAGAGAGCAGAAUUAUUGAAAUCAGUGGUUCGGUAUUUUUUUUGUUUGGUUUUUUUCCUCUCUUGAUUUCUUUGUGACUCUGCCUAUUAGUAAAUGAAAGCUGAAAACAAUGGGAAACUGUCUUGCGAGAGUGCAUGCGUUCUCUUUCAAUGAAGGGACAGUCGUAAUGCUCUGCACGUGACAGCUUGUAUAAUCAUGUGACUGGCGCUUUAAGAGUGCCUGAGAACAGGGACAGUGUUUGAGCAGAGCAGAUUGGAUAGUGCUGAAACCAGUCUAUGCAUGAGGCCAGCUUGUAGCCUUCUCCAAUACUGUGAUCACCACUCCCAUUAUUGUAAGCGUUGGAGGCAGGACUGAUUGCUUGACCUUAGGAAGGAGUAGGGUUGUGUGGCGCAGCAUUAACCUGCAGUGUCAUUACAUAAUGAUGUGCUGCACGUAAACCUUUUGUUUAAAAGGGUUGGAGUUUGUCCCCGUCACUCUGUUUCCUGGCAUUCCUCCUCCACGGUGACUUGCAUCAUUUAAUAGAAAGUGUAGCUAUGCUUUAAACAGAGCCCAGUUCACAAUUUCUUGAAUGCAAUGGGUACAAUCUGGGAUAAGAGGGCUCUGUCCGUUGUAAACAAUAUGGACCAAAAUAACAAAGUCAGCCCAAUAUAUUAGGAGUUACUGCUUUUUGAUAUCUGCAAAAACUGACACAUCUAAAUCUCUCUCCUAAUUCCACAGCACUUAUAAAACGCGUUGUGUAGACUGAAAAAGAGUACAAAAUGAAAGUGCCAAAACAAGAAAUAGAAACAGUGUAUGUAUUAAAUUUACAUAUGUUGCUAAUGUUAACAAGCAAACGGUUAUUGAGUUACAGCAGCGUUGUAACUGGUGGGUUAGUCAUUGGCCGGUUUGUGUGACGGAGUCAAAGGUCCACAGUUUGUGUCUUAUGCUCCAAGCAGGAUUUGCGGGUUUAUAUCUCUAAAAAUGACAAUUCUGGCUCAGAUACAACGCUGUCCACAUGCCAUAAGUGUAAUUGUUAUUAUCAGGAUUAUUUUUAAAAAUUGUGAAUUGUCUAGAAUUCAAAAUGGAUUUCAGUAGCUCACUUGUAAAAACUUGCCAAGUCAGCUAUGCUUUUAGUUUGGGCUAUUUUGGUCUAAAAUGUGUAAUGCAUGUUGAAUUCCUGACGUUUUACACUGUAGCGAAUAACGCCAUAAUGAUACAGCUGUACAAUAUUCUAAAGCAAGCAUGUCAAACGCAAAGGCCAACAUGGGCUACAUAAACAAGGAUUAUGUGGGCCGCAAAAAACAAACUUAAAGGACCACUAUAGUGCCAGGAAAACAUACUUGUUUUCCUGGCACUAUAGUGCCCUGAGGGUGCCCCCACCCUCAGGGUCCCCCUCCCGCCGGGCUCUGGGGAGAGGAAGGGGUUAAAAUCUUACCUUUCUCCAGCGCCGGGCGGGGAGCUUUCCUCCUCCUCGUCUCCUCCUCUUCAGCUGACUGCGCAUGCGCGGCAGGACCUGUGCGCGCAUUCAGCCGGUCUCAUAGGAAGGAAUUCAUAAUGCUUUCCUAUGGAUGCUGGCGUCUUCUCACUGUGAAUUACACAGUGAGAAGCACGCAAGCGCCUCUAGCGGCUGUCAAGAGACAGCCACUGGAGGCUGGAUUAACCCAUUUAUAAACAUAGCAGUUUCUCCUAAUCCAUUCCCUGGUGGUCUGUUUAUCCGAUCUGCAGCUCCGACGCGUGCAGAGCUUCAGACCACAUGGUAAGUGUCUUGCGAUCUCCAGUCAGAGCGUUGCCUUUGUAACCCGCUGCAACGCUCUGACUGGCUGAAGAUCGUAACAUACUUCAGUCUCCAGCUCUGCACCCAGCAGAGCUGCAGACUGACUGUAGUGCUGGCUCUCUCAGAGAAGGCUGAGGGAAGGGUCUCGCACUGACGUCAUAAUGGGCAAGCUGCCAGGCCCUCGGUCUUAUACCGAGGACCCGACUUGUUAGUCUGCCCUAAGGUGAUCUUGGCGGCCGUGAGGCCUUAGGCAGCCACCUAAAUCGCCUAAUUAGAGAGCUGCUUCUGCUGAGCCGCAAAUAUAGUCAUUGUGGACCGCAUGUGGCCCGUGGGCCGCAAGUUUGACAUGCUUGUUCUACAGCAUUGGUUCAGUUGGUGUAAGCAACUUCUAAUUCUAGAAGAAAUAACACAAAAAGUAAUGUACAAUGUAUAGAAAAUGGCUUGACAUGAGUACAACCUUUAUCGCAAUAACCAAACACGGAAACUUGGCAGCACUCCAAUAUAUAACAGCCGGCCCCAGUAAGUUUGACACAUGGCAUUUCACACUGGUGGGUCUGACAUAUGCCAACUUAGAUAAAGUGGAGAUCGAAAAAAGGUGUACAUUUUUUUUGUUUUAGCUAUUGCAGCACUCCAUGAAUUAUACAGCAAAUUGGGAACUAUAGACAAAAGGUUGCAAAUGCCAAAAUUUAGUAUUGCUGGAAAAGAAAAAUCUUAUGUUAUUUUUAUAUUUUUACAUUUUAGUUGAAAUUGUGCUUGGAUUAGAAGCUGCUGUUUUUAAAACUGCAAACUUGAAAAUAACUUGGUUCACAGUUGUUGAGUGUGAUGUAUAAUACAGCUUUAUGUCUGCAUUACUGCAAUUGUAGCCCAUAGAUUUGUAUUUUUCUUAAAAAAAAAAAAAAAAGUGUUGCUUCACGUCUUGUUCCAUCCUACUAGGGCACUGCAAGUGAAAAUAUAUUACUGGUUUAUCACACAGGAAAGGAAUCUGUAUUCUAGAUCUGAGUAAUAACUACCUUCCCAGUUAGAACACAUCGUCGAGAAGAAUUGUAAGCAGCAAUUUGUCUUACCUGGACUUUAACUUCUUUCUGUAUGAGUUAGUAGUGCCAGGCAAUAAUCAUUUUUAUAGGAUGUUAUUUCGUCAUAGGAUUUGAAAUGUUCUAUUAAGAUGUACAUUGUUCUACCAUAAUUAGAUCACAUAGGCUAAUUUUUACGAUCUGUUUCUCUAUAUUCAUUGUUGAUACAUUUUCUUCCCCUGUUAUGUUACCUUGAAUGCCUACGUGCUUGCAUUUUGUAUUGAUUUAUCAAAUUCAAUUCAAAUUAAAAACGCCGCUCUAUCUGACUGCACAUGGCUAGAUUGCAAAUCGUAAUCUUGUUUGGUGAGUAGCUCCAUGUUUUUGGAGGAUUACCCUAGUGGCUGUAUAAAUCUAAAAAUAAAUGUGACUCUGCUUCUUUGCUGUGGACACGCAAUGUUUUUAUAGUUUACUGUAAUAUCUGUCACAGUAUAUAAAGAAUGGCAGCAUGUGAUGGGGGGAAAAAAUGUCACCACAGUGGGGAGGUAGAAUAAGUGAGAUAAUGUCCACUAGAACGCAUCUUCAUGUCAAAUGAUUUAUUGCGAUGACUUUUGCUAUGCUGUAAAAAGAUAGGGAUAUGGGAGAUAGGAAAGAAAGCCAGAGGAGGUAAAGAAGGGUACCGGAGAUAAGACAUGGACUACUUUUUAAUUUAUGGUGCAGGAUUUUAAGGAGUUGCUAAAGUUUGUUUUAGGUUUCCUCUUGCUUUUAACCAUGUUUUAUCUAAGUUGGGGGGGAGGCAUUUGAAGUGGCUUCAGCUAUUCCCUUAUAUCUGCUUUCUAAUGCAGACGCCACUGAUCAUUAGAACUUCACAGCCUAAACAAAAGGGAUAACCGAAUAGAAGUGCUUUGUGGCUGGCAAAGGACUAAACGUUUCUUUGAAGUACAGUAACUUUUGUGUUUUAGUUUUUUUUCUUUUUGUUAUAUUAUGAACGUUUAAAGGAACGCGAUAGCGUUGAGAAUACAAAUUUGUAUUCUUAAAUAGUGUCCUAGUCACCAUUUUGGUGACUGCUCCCCUUGCAAAGGUUACAAAUGUAGUUAAAGGACCACUAUAGUGCCCUGAAGGUGUCCCCACCCUCAUGGCCCCCCUCCCGCUGGGCUGAAGUUGGAGGAAGGGGUUAAACACUUACCUUUCUCCAGCGCCGGGCUCCCUCGGAGCUGGGAACUCUCCUCCCUCUUCUGCUAAAUGCGCAUGCGCGGCAGGAGCCACGCGCGCAUUCAAUCAGACCAUAGGAAAGCAUUCUCAAUGCUUUCCUAUGGACGCUGGCGUCUUCUCACAGUGAGAAGCACGGAAGUGCCUCUAGCAGCUGUCAAUGAGACAGCCACUAGAGGCUGGAUUAACCCAUAUGUAAACAUAGCAGUUUCUCUGAAACUAUGUUUACAGCAGGCAGGGUUAACCCUAGAGGGACUUGGCACCCAGACCACUUCAUUGAGCUGAAGUGGUCUGGGUGCCUAUAGUGGUCCUUUAACUUUUCUGAUGCACUGAUCUCUCCGCAGUUACACUGCCUCCUUGGCUAAGAUCAUCAAAAGCAUCAAUCCAAUGCUUUUGUUUUGUGGUUUGUUUUUUGUUUUGCUAAAUAAGUGAUGAUUUAUACUGUAAGAAAUGUUUUAAAAGUUGAAUUUUAAAAACAAUGAAAAUUUUUUUUUUUUUAACUUUUCAUUUGGAGUCCUCAGGGUGCCAUCAUUUUGUGGAUUUGCAUAUUUUUCAGAGGACCAGCAAUAUGCAUUUAAAUAUUUGCCAGGUGUGUAAUAAUAAAUGAAUUUAAAAAAAAAAUAUAUAUAUUUUUUUUUUCUCUACCCCUUAAUUCUGCUGUGAGAUUGAUGAACUUUUGAGAAAAUAAAAUGUUGAUUUGUAAAAUGUAAUUAGUGUAAGGUGAGCUACUAAGGAUGCACAGGGGCAUCUAAUAGGUUAUUUAACUUAUUUUGUUUUUGGCUCUGUUCAAUCACAAGUGUUUCUAUUUAUACAGUCAAUCAUUAUGUGGCAAUGAUCAUAAUUAUGUCCUGUUUUAGAGUACAAACUUCAGUAGUUACUACAGGUUGGACUUGGCAACUGUGACUCAGUGUGUGCCUUCAAAGGUCGGCCUAGUAUUUCCUUUGGUCAGUACGUGUGUAAAUCCAUAAAGUAGUUUUCUUCUAUUUUCAGAAUGCCUGCUUAAGUCUAUUUCCCUUGCUAGUAGUGCCAUCAAGUUAAAUUUACUUAUUGAGGGGAACAAAAUGGUAUUCUAAACUGUAACUGUUAUCCAGCAAAGUAAUUUAAAGGGACCUUGUCCUCCUGGUGUAGUCACCAGUACCACUUUAUCUCAAUGAAGUGGUCUGGGUGCAGUGGCCAUGUCUUUUUUAACCGGGCAGUGUAAAACAAAUCCGUUGUGAUACCGACAGCCACUAGAGGCUUUCCCUGCACUGAUCGUGUAAAACAUUCUCUUUUGGCAAUUAAGAUGGUCAUCAAAUUCCUUUUAUUCACAGAAGUUGAGAUAUGUUGGGAGUCAAUCACAGAUUCAGAUGAGUAAGGGUUUUGGAAAUAAAUCCUAACUUGGCUGAUAAACCAUUUACAAAUCUGAUUUUAAUGACUGUGGAUCCCUAAUCUUCACAAGGGGUUUGCUUAGUAGUUCUUUCCCCCAAGAGUAAAGUCUGUAGUUUUGUUAUCAAAAAUUUUCAAGUAAAAUAUCUAUUAGAGCAAAUUAUUAAUGGAUUGGUUAUUUGUUCGUUAUUCCCAGCAGCCAAAGGAUAACAAUAUCUGAGCCGCUGUGGCCAGUGUGUUACUUACUGGCAGGAGUCCUCGUGAUGGUUGGUGAGAAUGUAAUUAAAAAGUAUCUUUUUAUUAUUCGGUUCCUAGGAUUUGUAGCUCACUCAUGCAGUGAUCAGGUUUAUGUCCAAUUGUAUAGCGCUGCAGAAUAUGUAGGCGCUUUAUAAAUACCAGUAAUAAAUAAAUGACCAAAUUGUCUGCCCAAAGAGUUUAACAUUAAAUUUCAAUAAAGAAACGCUAUAGUGUUUGGAAUACAUGUUUGAAUUCUCAACACUAUAGUGCUGGAGUGCAUGUUUAGGUAACCAGCCCUCCUCAGAAUGGAGUCAAAGGGUAUUUUACUUAUUUACCAUUGCCUCAGCUGGCCCUGCCUCCAUGGCUGAGAUAAUCAAUAUUGAUGAUUGCACCCAAUCCAAUGGGUUGAAAUGCUUCAAUGUUUCCUAUGGGGAGGUCUAAUGCGCAUGCACAUUAAACCCUGCUCGUCUCGAAACAAAGGAGGGGUGGAGCUUCAACCCAGCGCCAAGGGAUAUCUAUGUUGGGAUCAGGUAAGUAAAUAAAGGGUUUUUAACCCUUUAUUUACUGGGUAGGAGUGGACGUGAGGGGGCAGUCAGAGGGAUCGGUAGUGCCAGGAAUACAGCUUUGUGUUCCUGGCACUACAGUAUUCCUUUAAGGAAAUGAUUAUACUCACCAGAACUACAUUAAGCUGUAGUUGUUCUGGUGACUAUAAUGUCCAUUUAAAUCUCAGAUCUGAAUCUGUCAAGUGCUUAAAGUAGAAGGCUUCUCAUUCUACUGCACAAUCUAUUUUGUCUGUUGCUUGUAUAGUUGUUUUGGAAUAUGUUGGUGCUUUAUAAUGAAUAAAGGUGGUCUGACUUGUGGCUUUAAAGGGACACUGUAGGCACCCAGACUACUUCAGUUCAUUGAAAUGGUCUGGGUGCACUGUACCAGGUCCCUUAACCCUGCAAAGGUAAUUAUGGCCGUUUUUAAUAAACUGCAAUAAUUACCUUUUGAGGGUUAACUCCUCUUCUAGUGGCUGUCUACCAGGGGUGGGAGCACUAUAGGGAGCUAUGGUGCCAGGCAAAUAACUGUGAGCCUAUGUGAAAUUAUGCUGAUUUUGAAAUCUGCCACAAUGAAGAAUUUGGGAAUUUAUCCAAUUCGGUUAAUGUCUUCAGUUCUGCUACUUGGGCCUAACCAUUCACUUUGAAUUCUGCACAGUGAGCACAGACUGCAGAACACGGUCUUGUCGGUACUUGUCACUGCCCUUUGCUAUGUAGGGAUGAGAGUGUGUAAUGUUGCAGUCAUGAAAAAAUAUGGGUGUGUAGACUGGAAAAGCAGGCAUCAUCAAUAGAGUAACAAGCUGACUUAAAUGGAAUUAAUGCCCUUCUUAUAAGAAAAGUCAGAUAGUGACACAUCACCCUAAACCCUCCCUCGACAAUAUCUUUAAGGUCAGGUGCAUUGAUGCACAGUUACCCCUGUUGUGCCAUCAGCCUGCCAUCCCUGGCUCCUCCAGCGAAGGUAGAGUGACGUCAGAGGAGGAGGAUCAGGCUGGCUAGCUGUUGUCUUUGUCUUAAAGCAGUUUGGCCAACAGGUCACCCAUGAUGGUUUGCCAGACCUAAAAACCCACUUUAAGAUCCAUGAACAUUACAGCCCGGGUCCCAAGGGCACCAGCACUACAUCCGGUCUUCUGCAGGAGAAGUAGGAUGUCCUCACUAAUCUGAUUUUAAAGGGGGAAAAAAAGAACAAUGUUGAAACCGUGUAUCCUGUGAUAUGAUUUUAAAAAUACUCUAAACUUUGAUGGGCUUUUUUAUUUUGUAUUUUUUUUUUUUUUUUUACAUUUUUGUUAGGUGUGUGUUUUUGUUUUUGUUUUCGUUCCUUGCCACUGUUCAUUUUGGUUUUUACUCUGUCCAGAAAUAUACAAGGUUCUAAAUCUGGGUUCAGGAGUUUUACUAGAACAGACUGGAUGUCUGGAUGUUUUUUUUUUUGUUAACUUGGCGUCGGUAACUUCAUUUUGUGACCUUGCACAAUGUGCACCAUUUUCUAAUUCUAGUUAUGGUGUUUGCCAGAGGUGACUGUACAGUAACCCAGUGCAGAGACUUUUGCUGACAAUCCUGUCUCAAGGCUUGUCUUCCAACAUUGUUCUUCAGUUCGGAUUUGACAUAUAGCCCAGAAAGCAUGCUGCUUCUUCAUACAGGCCUGAGGUGGUCGAAAUGUAUAUGCCAAGCCGUUUUAGAAAUACAAUCCCCAAGAUGCCUUGCCAGUCUUAACAAAUGCUAUACAUAGCGGACAAAUUCACAGAAAAUACAAAUACAAUGUUUCAAUAGUUUGUAAAGUCUUUCUCUAUUUUGUCCACAUGCGCCAGUAUCCUGUGUGUAAAACAAUUGCUUAGAACAUGGGUAGGCAACCUUUGGCGCUCCAGAUGUUGUGGACUACAUCCCCCAUAAUGCUCUUAUACCAAUAAUGCUGGCAAAGCAUCAUAUGAGGUGUAGUCCAAAACAUCUGGAGUGCCAAAGAUUGCCUAUGCCUGGCUUAGAAUAUGCAUACAUUGUCGCCUUUUUUUUCCCCCCUCCUGUUACAUGCAACAGUUAUCUGCAGAUCUGACUUUUUUUCUCUCGUCAAAUAGUGUAGUUAUUGGUUUUAUCUUUUCCUUUUCUUCUUUCACCUAAUUGACUUAUUAUACGUAUUUCUUUGUUUGUAAAAUGGACAGCACAAAAUCAAAAUGCGUGUGAGUAUUAACAGACAGAAUAACAGAAUAUUUUUAUUUAUUUAUUUAUUUUUUAUAAGGGAGCAAGUUGUCACAAUGACAAAUGUGCAAAAAAACAAAUGUGAAACGUGUGACAUCUAUCCUGCGGUUGAUUGCAUUACAUAGAUCUUGUGUAGGAACGGUUAUUUGAUUAGUCUUACUGCAGAGCAUGGAAUCCAAUCUGUAUACUUUUGGGAUGUGUUGCGGGCUCUAUGCUCUUGUGAUUGUCGACUGUUCUGUUUUGAGCAGUGUUUUCUGAAUACAUUUUGUUUGUAAACCUUUUUGUAAUGUAAGGUCUUUAUGUAAAUUUAUUAAUCAUAACCGCUUUUUGGUUUGUUUUUUUUUCCUUUAGUAUUCAGAAGCCUCCAUGAAUUAAGAGAUGUCUUUUGACGUGUCCAAGAGGAGGAUUCCAUCUUAGCAAAGGUAUACUUUCUCUGAAAUAACCCAUUUGGAUGUGCUGAGUGAAUGAGUGGUCCUACUACGUUUAAAUGCCUUUCUUGUGUGACCUUCCAUACAGUAGGGUUUCUGUCAGCACUUAUAAUUUAUGUUUAAAGAAACACUCCAUAACAAUUACUGCCUGCUGCAGUGGUCAUGGUGCUAGGAGUGUCCUGGUGCCCUCCCAUGGUAAGUAGUCAACCAUUUGAGAAUGGUCUGAAACGUAUCUGGUGUUUGCUGAUUGCCCUACUAGAGAAGGCUUAUUGGCUUAAUGAUUGGGUGUCGACAGAGCGCCUCUCUGCCCCACCAAGCUUGGCUCAGUACAGAGUCUUCCCUGAAACACUGUACGUUCAGAGAUAUUGUUAAAGGACCACUCUAGGCACCCAGACCACUUCAGCUUAAUGAAGUGGUCUGGGUGCCAGGUCCUUCUAGGGUUAACCCAUUUUUUCAUAAUUAUAGCAGUUUCAGAGAAGCUGCUAUAAUUAUGAAUGGGUUAAGCCUUCCCCCUAAUCCUCUAGUGGCUGUCUCAUUGACAGCCACUAGAGGCGCUUGCGUGCUUCUCACUGUGAUUUUCACAGUGAGAGCACGCCAGCGUCCAUAGGAAAGCAGUGUAAAUGCUUUCCUAUCCGACCGGCUGAAUGUGCGCGCAGCUCUUGCCGCGCGUGCGCAUUCAGCCGGCGGGGCGUAACAGAGGCGGAGAGGAGGAGGAGAGCUCUCCGCCCAGCGCUGGAAAAAGGUAAGUUUUUACCCCUUUCCCCCUUCCAGAGCCGAGCGGGAGGGGGACCCUGAGGAGUAUGUUUUCCUGGCACUAUAGUGGUCCUUUAAUUGUGUGCUUGGGACUUGUUCCGCCCCCUGCACACUUGACUUGGGCACCCAGGAACUAUGUUCCAGGCUUCCUAAUAUGAAUUCUGUGCAUAAAAUACGGCUGUUGACACACACUGACAACAUAUGUGAAUAUCUUCCAUUAUGCAAUGCCAACAAGAGUGCGCAUAUGUGCUCUGAGCCGGUGAAAUGGUCCAAUCAUGCGACGGGAGAAGUGUUUUUUUUGUAUGGUUUUGUCCCCCCACCUCCUCCAUUGUUUGAAAAGUUCAAUUUGUUAUUAAACAGAGGUUUGACAGAUCUAUCUAACAUAGAAUAUAAAUAUAUAUAUGUAUCUCUCUCUAUCGCUCCAUCUCCCAACCCCCCCAUUUUAUGGACCAUCCUUUUGGUCCCUUGAGCGUAGUUACCAGCCAAUGUGACCACACAUUUUCUGAAUUGAGUAACUAACUUGAUUGCACAAAGAGCAGUUGAACAGGAAAAAAACUGGCACUUUCUAAACAGACUCUCCCAGCAGCCAUUAAGAGAAAUCCUUGUUAGUGCGAAGCAGGAGUCAUUGUUAAAGGGACACUAUAGGCAUCCAGACCACUUCAGCUCAUUUAAGUGAUCUUGGUGUAUACUGCCAGGUCCCCUAAUCCUGCAAAGGUAAUUAUUGCAGUUUUUAACAAAGUGCAAUAAUUAAGUUUUGAAUGUUAACUCCUCCUCUGGUGGCUGUCUACCAUUUAGCAUCAUGUAUAACACAUUAUACAUGCUUUCCUAUGGGGGUAAUACUAAUGUGAGCGCGGUCGUGGCCGCACAUGUGUAUUCGAUCUUCCCCGUUGGCUGAGGUCGGCGGGGGUGGAGCGGAGGUUGAACCCGGACCGGUGCUGAGGGACAUCAGCGCUGGAAUUAGGUAAGUGACAGAAGUUUUUAACUUUUAGUGCACCACGGGAGAGGGGGAGGCCGCAAUAGAGGGGGACACUAUAGCCAGCUAUAGUGCCUGGAACACAACUUUAGUUUUCUAGCUCCAUAACUUCCAUUCAAAGGACAAAUGCCACCUCAAAACUAUUUUUUUUUUUCAUAUAAUAAUCCUUUUAUCGCGUUUUAAAGGGAAAUUUAUUUAUUUUUUUUAAAUAAGAAAUUAAAUAAGUUUUGAAAUAACUUUUUUUUAUAAUAUAUAUUCCACCACCACCACCACACCCCCUUGGAUUGUACAGUGUUUGAAAACGGACAGUCUCUAUGGUUAGCUCUGCUUCACUCCAUACGCAGAAACAGGGAAGACCAUAGAGACUAACUGUCAGUUUUCAAACACUGUUCGACCCAAGGUGCAUGUAUAUGGCUGAAUAUAUACUAAAGGUAGGAAUGAGUUUUGAUCAUUCUGUUACAUAUACUUCAUUCAUAAAGAAAAUGUAAUUAAAAAAUUUAAUGGAAGGGUUUCUAAAUUAGAAAUAGUUUUGAGGUGACAGUUGUCCCUUUAAAUCCUUUAGCUGGCUGGCGUGAUAAUAAUUUUGCAAAUAUUGGGGGAAAAUAAAUGUUGAGGGAUGCAUUUCAAUGACUUCGAAAAUAGUCACGAGCUGCAUUUAAUUAUCCGCAAAUGGUUGUAUCGGCAUAGUUUAAUGAAAGAGUUUGUUUAAAUCUGAAAAUAUUGAUACAAAAUAGAGUGCUUUGCGUUAGAGUGUAUUUUUUGGGAUAUAGUUUUCCUAUUGAGGUUUUUGACAAAUGUACUAAGAAAUAUUGCGAACUUUCAGUGAAAAGUGUGAAGCUGUCAGAUAAAGGACUUUACAAAGUCCCCGAUACAUUGUAAUAUAGAGCUCCUUGCAUCGGUAAUGUCUGCUGCUAAUUAUUUGAAAUUCUGCUACACCGAUGGAGAAAUUUGUUUGUUUUUUUUUGUUUGUUUUUUUUUUUUUUUAAAUUCGCAUUGUAUCAUUAUUUACACUUGUACACAACACAAGGCUGUGUUUAUUUGUUUCAUUAAAAAAAAAUUGUGAGACGCCAUCAUGGGGGGGUAUGCACGCACACACAAAGUUAAUGCAUACACACUUCAGCAAAAGGAAAACGGAACUGCAGAAUGACCCUUGCUGCACACACCAUUAGCAUUAUCUCUGUGUGAAUGUAACACUAUAUAGUGUUCGUAAUACAUGUUUGCAGUGGUUUCCAUCACUUCCCCAAAACUGGAAGCAUAACUUACCUUUACUCCCUUGCCGAGGUUCUCUUCCCACGGCUGGUCGUCCUCCCUAACUGAGAUCAGCAACAGAAGCAUUGGGAGGCUAGUGCGCAUUCCUGUCAGGUCACAUACUGCUCUAGGAACAUUUCAUUGAGAACGGUUUGACUCCGAGGGAAGUGCCUCUACUUCUUGUCAGGAAGAUGGCCAUUAGAGGUGUGCUUUUAACCCUGAAACUUCUGUCACAUAUUUCAGACAGAAGUUAGUCUGAUUUGCACACUGGCAGCCUGCACAGCAGUUUGGGAGAUUUAACCAUCGCCUUUGGUUACCACUCGCUUUUAGUAACCACUUGCUUUGCUAAUCAGAAGUAAAUGCACUUUGCUCAUGUACAAUUCUGCAUUGUGACAUCACCCAGGCUUAUAUGAUGUCAUGAUGUUUUCCUGGCAGCAUGACUCAGAGCCAGGAACUUUGCAUAGCAUCAAACUGGAAACUUGUGUGCAUUCACUAGAGUGGUCCAGAGAGGAGGGUAGACAAGAGGGAGAGUUUCGAUUACAUUUAAUUCAAUGGACAAACAUUGUGGUGUCUUCGCUUCAUAGACCAUUACUGGCUAAUGCGCAUGUAUGGCGAUGUCUGCAAGUGCAUUAGGCCCUCUCCAUAGGAAAGCAUUGCUGCAAUGCUUUCCAAUGGGGAUUUAAAUGAUGCUGGAUGUCCUUAUGCAGAGCGUGAGGACAUCCAACGUCAGGCAACAGAAAGUCCACUAGAGGCAGUCUUAGUCCUGCAAUGUAAUUAUUGUAGUUUCUCAAAAACUGCUGUAAUAUUGCAGAGUUAAGGGGACAGGGUCACUGCACCCAGACCACUUCAAUGAGCUGAAGUAGUUUGGGUGCCAAUAGUGUCCCUUUAAACAAUGCUUAUCUUUUUACUCUUCAUUUGCAAAAUUUGCCCUGGUGUUGCCUUGUGAUUUGCUAAAUCUUUAAAAUACAGAAAACUAGCAUCGCGUGAUUUGCAUUGUCUUAUUCAAUGCUGUAAAUUCCAGAGUAUUAAUACUUUCCUCUUUAAAACAAGCCAUGCUUAUUAUUUUUCCCUCUGUCUAAUAAACGAAUGGACUAGUCAAUUCAAACAAUAUCCUUUUAAAUAUAGGCCACAUCUUUGGAAGGCAGUUAGUGCAAAGGAUCUCCAACCAAUUGUUUAAUUAGCCAAAGGUUUAACUCCUCCAGUCACUCGGUCCUUUAAAAUGUUAGAACUGUAUGUAAAAUAAACUGCAAGUCCUCUGUGGUUCAUUGCAUAUCUGCACUUUGUUAUUCAUUGUUUAAUGUAAUAGUGUCCAGUAGUACAAAGCCAUUGGGAUUUAUUUGCUAAAAACCAAACUAGAAUAGAAACAGAAUAAUUAGAUUGAAUAAUAGAGAUUGAAUUGUGUAUAAUAGAACUGAAUACAGAUUUAGGCAGGAAUAUUAGAUAUGAAUCUCCUAAGGGACUCCUGAUGUGUACUUAUGUGAAGUAGGGCAGUAGGCCGGACUCGAAAUCUAUAUCUUUUAAAUUGCCCUCCGUGCCAGUUCUUAAAGGUUAUUUCUGGAUAUUUCAAAGACAUGUGGAACUUGUCCCUCUGCCAUAGUAAACGAGCCGAGGCCUGCAGGCAGUUGUGACCGUUAACAGCAGAUGAGGGGAGUGGGGUCCUCCCCAGAAUGGACUGCAGGCAGACAGGAGUUGUCACUGGGUUCUGGACCUGUCAUGACUUAUCAACAACUCCUUGAAGUCACAAGCUUAGACUGUGGCCUACUUUCAACGGUUUGUUCUGCAUCAUUAAAUAUUGCCGUCAAUGCAGAAUAUUUCUGUUCUCUGGGCUAAUGUAAUUUUUUUUUUUUUUUUUGUGACCGACUUGUUCUGUAGUUCUGCAUUAUUUGACCAUACCCCUCCAAAUUUUCACAGAGAAUGUCUGUCUGGAUAUGGUUGUGUGUAACACUAUCUUUUUAAAAUAUGCGGUGCUACUGUGUAUUUACUCUCCUGGUACUUGGCUAUCAUUUGGACAAUAAGGCUUUAGUAUUUUUUUUUGUUUAUUUUUUACACCAUCAAAUUUGAAGAUCGAAAGGAUUACCUACAGCUGCACAAAGUUACCUGGUAAAGUGUAAAUUAAUGGAAAUCCAAAGUUAAUUUAAAUUUCAGGCCCCAGAAAAAGCCAGAGGAUUGGAUAAUUUUUGUGAUUCUAGAUUGGCUUAGAAUUCCUGGCAACUUCAAUGAUCAGCACUUACAUUACAGUUGUGGUCACCUUGCUGUUUAGUUAUUAGCACAGCACCAAAGGCAUGCUUCAAUACAGGUUGUGUUUUUGGGACCUCACAGGCAUCUGGUGGAGCAUUAAGAGCAGAGGAGCUUUAAGACUGAAUCUUUGACGUGUUUUAAAGGGGUUGCAUGUGCUAGAACAUUGAUUGGUGCUUCUAUAGCUGGUGUGAUAAUUCACAAUAAGCUCCUGCUGCCGUAUCCCAGGUUUUCACCUUUCCAAGGAUGGUAGAAUGAGUGCCACCAGUUGGGCGAUAAGUAGACCUCAGCUCUUACGUUUCCUGGUUUACCAAUCUGAUGUUCUUUAUUCAGUAGAUUGUCUUUUGAGUUUAUCUUUUUUUCUCUCCUCUAAUCUUCUUUAUUUUAACUAGGGAACUUGUUGUACAACAGAAGCGCCUUGAGGUCCACAGAACCGUGUCCUGCCUUCUAACCAGACUUGCUCGGUUAAGCAAACCAGGGCUGUGAAACAGGCAUACAGUACUAUUGUGUAUCAGCCCUGGGCCAGCUUUGAUUGUAACAUGGACUGAAUCUCAUGACCUUUUUCUCUAUGGCAAAGAAGUUGACAUUAAAUUGCUGCUUUUGCCUCUCGACAACAAAAUACACCGUUGGCUACCAGUAGAACGGACAGCCCUCAGGUGAGAUAGCAGGGGAUACGCAAAACAGGUGACUGCCAAAGCUACAGUCUUUAUGUAGCCUAUGUUAGAAAAGGCAUUUCAGUGCGGCGAUCUCUAGAAUCCUUUGUGCUGAGCUGCAGAUCUUCUUCUUGCAGUGUAAAACCCAUGACAGAUGGCGCAGCACGCUUCUGAAACACUGGCCUGGCAGCUGGAACUGUACCACCCCUUGACAAAUGUGGGAUUGGACGCGGACUGCAGCGUGCCACUUGUCAUGCAGAUCCUGUGUGAUACAAGGUUACACAGAACCGAGUGUGCAAACAAAGAGUUUCAAAAAGUUUAUUUCUGGAUUAUACCUCCUAAUAUUUACCUUUUUAGUUGCAUAACUGAACUCUGCAGAUGAGAGCAUCUCUUUAAGGCUGGCUGAGCAUAGUGGGAUUUAUAGUUUAUAUUUGAUUGACAUGCAAAGGUUAAUUAUAGCUCUAAGGCAGCCGAUCUAGCAUAUUUAUUGGUUGCAGUAUGUCAGCUCUUAAAGGGACAGCCCAAGCCCAAUCACCAGUUUUGCUUGCAUUGGUUCCAGGACACGGAUCAUUGUAUACCUUGGUAUGUCUUACAUUAGUAACUAGCACAGGCGUGUCUGUGUGUGCGUAUUGUUCCCACUGCUGUGUCAGAAGUUAUAAUGCAAGCAUGAACGACUUACAGCAAGCAGCCUUCUUUCCCAGCAGAGGAUGAUGUCAUACUGCAGCUCAGACAGCAGGCAUGAAGGCACAAUCUGCUCCCAUUGGCCGAUGUGGGAGAGCAAAGUACAGCAAUUAAUAAAUGGUUAAACUGAGAUCUUAACUCUGUAUAUACAAACACACAAUUACAACCCAUCGCUGAAAUCCCUAAUUACAUUAUAAAAAAAAGCAUGUUAAGGAAAAAAAAAUCAAGCGCUUAUUUAGGUCAUCUGCAGCAGACAAAAGAUCAGCUGAAAAAGAGGGCUUGUAAAACUGGAGACUUGUAACAGCUCAUAUUCUCAGCCAAGGGGGGGUGCAUGAUGCUGUGUCAGCAGUUAGACUGCUUUUCCAAAAUAUUCUAAAGGCGAUUUAAGAUUCUUGAGUGAAUUUAAGGAUGAAUUUAACCCCCGAGUUAUGUCUGUCUACACUGCUAGAAGGGUUAAAAAUGAAUCAACGUCUGUAAUGUCUCACGGCUUCGAUUGGCAGUGUGCAGUCAUGGUUGGAGUCUAUGCUUUGUUUGUCCACUGUCAGAGUUUGGAUGCGUUGCUGUUGCUGCAAAGUAUGACCUUUGCUCACUGUGAAUGAGUCAGACUUUCCAUGGAAAGACUUGGCAGUGCUGGAGCUAUGCUAGAGGGCACUCAGAGGAAUAAACUGUCCCCCAGUCUGUAGAAUAUGUAGUAUUACAGGUACCAAUAUGCAGUGUAUGCACACUAUUCUUUCCAAUCCUAGUACCAUGAUUUUCCCUCUGCCCUUCCUCAGAAGACUAGAAGACAAACAUUUGUGUCUGCCCUCCUCCAAAAAGAGAGAAUUUCGAUACAGUUUGACGAAAUACAUAUAUUUACUGUAAAUAGUGCUGGGUUCAAACACACUCGUGGCUCUAUUGCCUGUGUGGAUCUUAAAAUCUCUAUUUGUGUUGUGUUGUUUUUUUAAUUUAUUUUUUAUCGAAUUUAGGAGAGAAUAGGAUUUUACUGCCUAGGUCGGUGAGUGUAGAAAUAUUUUUUGGGUUAAAUAAACAAGGCCAUGCACCAAUGUGUCUGUUUACUCAGCAGGCAGUGAUCUAUAGAUGAAGAAGCGAUGUAUAUCUUAACAGAUGACAACAUUGACUUGCUUGAUAAAUGGUGCGGGUCCAGAUUUUCUGGUUAUUGAAGAACUGGACCAUUGGUUGAUGACGAUGCAGCUUCUGUCUGGGAACUUGAUGUCAGGAUCCCAAGUGACUGCAACUUUCUCAGGACCCUGACGGUUGCUAGGAUUUAUAUUUUUGUGAGUUCUGAAAAUUAAAAAAUAAAAUGUAGGAAUCCACACAUGUAUUCUUGAACAGGUUAUCUCCAUCUGCUAGUCAUUAUAAGUGGCUGCCCGUUUCUGCCAUUGACCAUAAUAUACAGUGUUUCUGUUCUCUACCUCCUUUGCAUUGUGUGCCAUUGCCUGUGCCUUGACCAGACUGAAUUGUGAGAUCACUUGCUAAAUGUGUAAUAUGCACCAUAAUAGAACCUCAUACGGUUAAAGCGACACUAUAGGCACCCAGGCCACUUCAGCUCAUUGAUUUUUGAUAAACUGCAAUAAAUACCCUUCAGGUUUUAUUCCACCUCUAUUGACUGUCUACCAGACAGCCACUAGAUGGACUUCCGGGUCUAUGUGACUUUUGGUCCGUGACGCUUGACGUUCUCACGCUAUGCAUGAGGACAUCCAGCUUCAUGUAGUCGGUGUCGGUGAUGAAAAGGUUUGUGCAUGAGGACUUCCAACGUCCGAGAAAUCCCCAUAGGAAAGCAUUGAGGAAAUGCCUAAUGGCCUAAUGUGCAAGUGGUGCUCUCCGCGCUUGUGCGCAAGUUCACCCAAUUGGAUGAUGGAGGAAGAGGCAAAGCAUUGAGGGACAUCAGCACUGGAAUCGAGCGAGUAAAGGGUUAAACACUAUGUCACGGAGGUGGGAGACCAGAGGGCACAACGUUGUAUUCCUAACACUAUAGAUUCCCUUUGAUGUUAAAACUGUUACUAUUAGGAUCGUUCUGCACAUAAAUUGCUCUUCCAAACCUCAGUUUCUGUAGUACCAGAAAAUAAAAUGUUGCACAUGGAUUUUCGUGGACACCCCACCCCUCCCCGCAGCUGUGGCAAACCAUGUGACAAAAGCCUCUGGGGCUAUCAGUACAAUUAGAAUCUCAGAGGCUUCAGCCCAGUCUAUUGGGGAACAGUUUUAUUGCAAUCUGUAAUGUGUGCUAACACCAUGAUAUUUUUUGUGUGAGUUGUAUAUUUUUUAAACUCUUGGCACGUUGUAUUAUGUCAUGUUGUUCACCGAGGUUGGAUUUACCCAAUUUUAAGAUCUGCUAAGGAACAGAUGAUUAUGUCCUGAUAUGUAACCCAUAGGAUUCAAAGAGGACAUACUUUAUUUUUCGUGUGUGUGUAUAUAGAUGAAUAGAGAGCGAGACUAUAUCUCCAUCAGCUGCACAUUUAAGUUGUCAUUUAGGGAGUCCUUCUUGGGCACAGAAAUUCUGAGGAAUCGUGGCUCCACAUUAAUCCCAGAAAUCCCUGCAUUUAUACUUGUAUCCUUAGCAGUGGAAAACUGUUGAAAACAUUGCAUUUACAUUUUUUUUUUUUUUUUUUUUAAACACAAAAUAACCAAUGAACAUAAAUCAAACCUGUUCUCUCGGAAUUACUGCGCUCAAGGUGGACUUUUCAAAGUUUAACUUGAGAUAUGCAGGUGAUACACAACAGUAAUGUUUCUAUCUGCAUCAAGUUGUGUGGAAUUUAAGUCUCACCAUAAAUAAUUUGUGUGUACCUCCGCAUAUUUAAAUACUGUUUAUGGAAGGAGCAAAGUCUGGGAAAAUUAAUCAGUGGUGCAGCAUUCGAACAACCAUAUCUAUGAGCUAAUAUUUUAUUUAAAAAAAAUAAUAAUUAAAAAAUGUUGUUGUUGUGUGAGGGUUUACGCUUUUGUGAUCAGAAGGGUCUUGUUUUUCGUCUUCAAACUAUGUCCCAUACAUAGCAACUGCAGAGCCCCACUGCUGCAAACCUAAUCAUUUUCCAUCUGAAUUCAUCACUAUUGUGGUCACUGGUGCAAGCCAGUGGUUUCUGGUGAGCUCACUUGGGCUCGUCUCUGGCUACAAGCAUGGAAUAUUAAUAGCUUUGGCUGAGGUCAGUGUUUUCCUAGAAGCAACAGAAAAGCUGGAUUUUAAAGAUCCGUGUACCCUCAGCUGAUUUUCACAUGUAGGUUUUGGUAUUGGCAACUUGCUAAUGUUAAGUAAGGGGGGGUGGGGAGUUUACCUGUCAAAAAUGUUUAUAGGACUAUAGAAAUGGUUCCGCGUGUGUGUGUGUGUGUGUGUGUGUGUGUAAAAAAACCAAAAAAAAAAACACCUCGUUACUUUUGGGUUUGUGGUGUCUAUUUUUUUUUUGUUUUAUUGUUUAUGGUGUUUAUUAUUAUUUAUAAAGCGCCAACAUAUUCCGCAGCGUUGUACAAUUGGGGGGAAAAAACAAUACAGUAUAAACAGACCAAUACAAAAGGUAGGGGGCCCUGCCCGUGAGCUUACACUCUAAAGGUGAAAAUGGGGAGAUUAGACAAAAAGUAGCAGAAUAAUUUGGUGGACUGGCUAAUAUUGGUGAUUGACAGAGAAAUUAGUUGGUUUUAUUUUAGGUUGUUUUUUUUCCUCCUAAAUUCACUAUAUAAAACGUUAAUCGUACUGCUAAUUGACAGUUUGAUUGUUUAGUUACAGGAGGUCAUGUGGAAACUUAUUUUAACACUUGAACGCUUUGUAAUCAUCUAGAAUGCAAUGGGUAAAAGGUUUUCAUAUCCGCACUUCUUCUUCUCUUUGAUCUUAUCCUGAUUCUUUUAACCUAAUCCCCCUUCCCCCCAUCGUUUCACUUUUUUUGUGUGUGGCUUAUCUAACCUUUUCCCCCUGCUGUAAACCGUGCUGCUUUGCUUGUCCUGUAUUCUCCCCCUAGGACAUACACUCAGGAUUCAAAGUAAAGACCUUUUUAUUUUCUUUGAGAAAAGCACCCCUCAGCACCUUUUUGUGUCUCUCCCAACACCCGUUUCUUUGAUGCAAAUAUCGCGUUUCAUGGUAACAAACUAGUCUAGAAUUGUUAUGGGCAAAUGCAAGUAUUACAAGUUUUAGAAUGAAAUGUUGUAUUUCUUAAACUGUGUACGUUGUCUUUAAGAGAGAUUGCAAACUGACAAGGUGUUGGAAAUGGAACAUAUUGUUUUUCAUAACUGUUUCUUUUAAGCAAUAACCUCUUACCUACUUUCAGUGCAUAAUAUGUUUACGCCAAUUUGCCUUAGCUUAAUACAAAAACAAGUAAUGCGUAGCAUCUUCAAGACUGCUACGUCAUCCUAACUUACGCCAUUUUGUCUUGGCUUAAUACAAUAACAAUAAUGCAAUACUAUGCUAUGUCACACUAACUUCCAGUAAAUAAAGAUUUAAAGGUUGUUUUCCGUUUACCUUUUCAUAUAUGAACUGCAGUAGCCCUAAAAUGAAAAAAAUCUAAGAUAUAAAUGUGUCCUAAUAUUUAAAAAUGUACACAUAGAGGAGAGAUUUGCAGCCCGACACUGUCGCUCUAUUUAUAAUGACUGAGAGAGGUUGACAUGUUAAGGAGGGUAUGUUAUUCUAUUUUAAUGAUAUUGCAAGCAUAUACGUAAAUCUUAUAACCUCUGCUAUAAAUUAUUGUAAUGGAUUUUAUGUCUAUUUAUAUUUUUAUUUAAUAAAAUAUCUAAAAGACAAAACUUGCUUCCAAGACAAUCCCCAUUUUAUAUUGUAUUCUCAAUUAUUUAUAUAUUUUAAAUAGAGGAUCUCUUACUAACUAUAUAAUAUUAUGGUUAGCCCUGCUAAGUUCUAUGCUUUAAGAUGCUAUAGUGGUAAAUAGGGGAACCGGCUGCGGUUACAAAAUACUAUUCCAAAAUGGCGUGAUACACAUUAUUAAAGGACCACUCUAGGCACCCAGACCACUUCAGCUUAAUAAAGGGGUCUGGGUGCCAGGUCCAGAUAGGGUUAACCCAUUCUUUUAUAAACAGUGUUUCAGAGAAACUGCUAUGUUUAUGAAUGGGUUAAGCCUUCCCCCAAAGCCUCUAGUGGCUGUCUCAUUGACAGCCGCUAGAGGCGCUUGCGUGCUUCUCACUGUGAUUUUCACAGUGAGAGCACGCCAGCGUCCAUAGGAAAGCAUUAUAAAUGCUUUCCUAUGCGACCGGCUGAAUGCACGCGCAGCCAGCUGACGAGGAGGAUCGGAGGAGGAGAGAUCCCUGCCCAGCGCUGGAAAAAGGUAAGUUUUAACCCCUUUCCCCCUUCCAGAGCCGGGCUGGAGGGGGUCCCUGAGGGUGGGGGCACCCUCAGGGCACUAUAGUGCGAGGAAAAUGAGUAUGUUUUCCUGGCACUAUAGUGGUCCUUUAAGGAUUGGCAGGACUGUACACUAUGGGCAUCAAUGAUGUAAGGUCUAUAGUGUAACCUCCAUGAACGUAACAUGAUAUUGUUCUCCGCACUGGAAGGGGGUAUGCUUUGGGGAUAGGUGUGUGUGUGUGUAUUACUGAAAAUAAAAUAAAAGGCCAAUUUGUUUUGUACUCUUUAAAAUGACCUGUAUUGUUAAAUAUAGGACAAAUGUAUUACAUCAAAUCGUUUUAGUUUAUAAGUGCACAGCCUAAUAUUUUAUAUACAUUUGGAAGUUUAAAACUAGUUCCUAACUCUCUAAUCCUGGGUAAGUAGCAGUCUUUCUCUGACAUGUAAUAAAACCACAUCUAUGCUUUUACCAUUUAUGUAAUAUGUGGGUUAUACAUUUUCUGCUAAUCCAUGUCGUUUUUGUUUUUUUUUGUUUUGUUUUUUCAGGUCUGCUGUACGCCUAAAUCGCUUUAUUUUCCUAUUCACGGUAAUCGUUGAUGCGGUCUAUGGCCGCCUACAACAUAUAACGUCUUUGCAGCAUUUCGAGGGUACUUAACUGGAGUUAAAGACUUGACACAGAAGCCCUGUCAAAUUGUUGGCAUGGCCAGUAAAAGGAAGUCAACUACUCCGUGCAUGGUGCGGGCAACUGAGCUUCUUGAUCAAGAUGACCAUGAUAUGGAAGUUGUCGAUGAUGGGACCCCUGAUAUAGAAAGAAGAGAUGACAGGGUGGAGAAAGAGAAGGCUAGCAAAGAGAAUGAAAUGGUGGAAGAUAAGCCACCACCUGAGAACCAAUCAAAAAAACUUCAAGGGGGUUAUGAGUGUAAAUACUGUCCUUAUGUAACACAACAUCUCAAUGAAUUUACAGUGCAUGUAGAUGUGCAGCAUCCAAAUGUAAUUCUCAAUCCCCUUUACGUUUGUGCUGAAUGUAAUUUCACAACCAAAAAAUAUGAUUCUUUAUCUGAACACAAUGCAAAACAUCAUCCCGGGGAGGACAACUUCAAAUUAAAGUUGAUGAAACGCAAUAAUCAGACCAUCCUAGAACAGUCGAUAGAGGUCCCUCCAGAUGUCUCAAGUAUCCAUGAAAAUUUUGACAAUGGUGACAACUCAUCCGGGAUUCCAAUAAGUAAAAUGCCGAUCAUGAAAUUUGGGAAGGGAAGAUCAGAAAUAAAAAAAGGAUCAAGAAAAGCAGAGGAAACUGUACAGGACAACUACUAUGAAGCGGGUACCUGUAUUCCAGAAACAAAUGGUGUUUUAAAUAACCAUAAUCAUCACGAUGGCUUAUCGCACGUUAUGCCCUCCGUUCAGCUUCCACCUAAUAUAAACCUUCUUCCUAAGGUCCCUGUUCCUUUUAAUAGUAACAAGUAUAAUUGUGCCCUCGAUGCAAACUCAACAUUAAUAAAUUCCUUCAACAAAUUUCCUUACCCAACACAAGCAGAGUUGUCUUGGUUGACCGCAGCAUCAAAACACCAAGAGGAGCAAAUUAGAAUAUGGUUUGCCACCCAGCGGUUGAAGCAUGGCAUAAGCUGGUCUCCAGAAGAGGUAGAAGAGGCAAGAAAGAAAAUGUUUAAUGGUACUAUUCAGUCUGUUCCUCAAACCAUCACAGUUUUACCUGGCUCUCUGACGACGGCCAAAGUUUCUCAGCCUAUUAUUCAGACAGCAUUGCCAUGUCAAAUACUUGGACAAACUGGUCUUGUUUUAACUCAGGUGACAAACGCUCCCACUGUUACAGUUCCACAAUUUAACUCCAAUGUCAGUGUUGCCAAACAAAGCCAGAAACGAUCAAUGCAGAACACCCCUGAAGCUCCAGAGGCGAAACGGCAAAAUACUGCACAAUCCCCUUCCACACCCAAGUCCAGUGUUGUGCCAUCAACCAACAAUGAUCGAAAAAAGACCAAGGAACAGAUUGCUCUCUUAAAAGCUAGUUUUGUAAUUAGUCAGUUUCCAGAUGACACCGAAAUCUAUAGGCUAAUCGAUGUUACUGGGCUUUCAAGAAGUGAAAUUAAAAAGUGGUUCAGUGAUCAUAGGUAUCGAAGCCAGAGAGGUAUUGUUCAUAUCACUAGCGAAUCCAUAGCAAGGGAAAAAAUAUCCAUUGCCAAGUCCGGUCGAUCUUCCCAGCCAUACAGUGAAACAGGAACACGAAAACAAUUGACAGAGACAACAGAGGAACAACUUCGAUGUCUUGAAAACAGUUUUCUAAAAAGUUCUUUUCCAACACAGACCGAAAUGGAUCAUUUAAAAGCAGAAACUAAAUUGAGUAGAAAAGAAAUUGACUUGUGGUUUUCAGAAAGAAGGAAAAUUAGGGAUUCCAUGGAACAAGCUGUUUUGGAUUCAAUGGGUACAGAAAAAACAAACGAAGUUGGACUUGUGAACGGAUCUUCAAAACAAUCAAGUAAUUCAACUAGCACUUGGCCACAACCUUCAGCUUCUUAUAAAUCUAAACAGGAGCAGCUCCACCUACUAAAAAGUACAUUUGCAAGAACUCAAUGGCCAUCCCCACAGGAUUAUGACCAGUUGGCUGCACAGACUGGUCUCGUCAGAACUGAAAUAGUCAAGUGGUUUAAAGACAAUAGGUGUGUCCUCAGAACAGGUAGUCUAAGGUGGAUGGAGCAAUACAGGAAACAUUAUGAGCGUUCACUAGAGGAACGUAAAGUGUUUAUACAGACGAUUGCAGCUACCAAGGUGGGCAAAGACUUUCUUACAAGAUAUUUUCAGGAGUACAACCAGCUUCACGAAGAGGAUAUGGAUCUUCUUGCUAUAAAGUCCAAGAUGACUUUUGAUCAGAUUAGGGUUUAUUUUGCUGAGAUGCAACAACAGGCAGCUCUGGAUCAGUUGGACAGCAGCAGUCCGGAUGAGCCAGUCAUAGCCGAAAGCGAUUCUCAAGAAAAGGACUGGGCCAAGGCCUCUCCUGGAAAUGAAAGUGCUGCCUCUGAUGGUGCGGACAGCUGGGGUCACACUACUAACGAAACCCCAGAAGAAACGCAGGAUUACGAAUAUGGAAGUGCACCUAGUGAUAAUUCUCACAACUAGUCAGGUAAUGACGUUCUUUAAAAAUAAAACACAGAAAAUAUUCCACAUAAAAAAAAAAUAUAUAUAUAUAUAUAUAUAUAUAUAUAUUUAUUUAUUUUUAUUUAUUUUUUUCUUUUCUUAUUUGUGUGUGUAAUUGUGAGUAGGUAUUAGUUCCACUAUUUCACUAGUCUGACAUUUACAAAGCUCCUGCCAUUGACCUAUAAAUACCAUUUGGUGUGUUAGCGUGGAAGCUUGGCAUGCUGUGCAUAUAUGCUAUUCAUCUCAUUGAAGGUGUUAUGGUGUCUGGAGUCACUUGGCACCAUCAAUCUGUUCUAUGUUAAACUACGUCGGUAACCUUUGUUUUACCCCUAUGUUGGUUAAGCUAAUGCUUCCGCUUUUCCUGAACAAUGAUUGGUUACAGUGAUAGCGCGUCAGUGUAGGGCGCGCCGCCAAUCACGGACUCCCAUCAUUGAGAUUUGUUGGUAUGGUCAAGGCUUAUUUAUGAAGCAAUUGUAUAUUUCCCAGAGAGCUGUACAAUAAUUACCGUAGGUAUCCUAGGUGAUCAUGGGUAUCAAAGCCAGAGCUGUAAUGUUCAUAUCACUGGUAAAUCCAUGGCAAAGGACAGAAUAUCCUUUCCCAAGUACAGCCGACUUUCCUUGUCAUACAAUGAAUCAGAAGCAUAAAAACAUGGACAAAGCAACCAAGGGACAACUUUGAUGUCUUAAACAGUUUUCUAAAACUUUCUUUGGAAAGUUCAAUAAGGUCCAUUAUAUGACCGUUACUUCAGUAGGUAAUGAAUGGUAUAGGGAGAAUUAGGGAAACUACUAAAUAAAUGUAUUGCUUGCAUUAACAUUAUAGAGUGUAAACAGGAGUAUGGAGGAAUUAAUGAAGACAACCCUCGAAAUACAGCAUGGGAAGAACAUGUAUUCAUAUGGUUUCCAAGAAAGUGGAUACCAAGGAUGUUAUUUAUAGUGUGAAGAUAAGUCUAGUGACUGGGAAAUGAAUUUCCAGAAGAAUGAUGGAGUAGUCCUAGAGAAGUUUUAAAAUUGGGUGUUUGUGAUAUGAGUGCAAACAGAGGAAUGGUGUAGGUCUUCAUCAGAGCAAAGGAACCAAUAUGAAACCGAAGUCUUUAUAUACUGUAGCUCGUCAGCAUUGAGUCCCCUAUUUUGAAUGGGGAGUGCAAUCCUGAGCCAAUAAGCAACCAAAGCCAUGUGAUGUUUCCCACUGUAAAAUACAAUUGUAUUUAUUUUUUCUUUCGUUUUAGGUUAGUGGAAUAGACAACUUCUUCUACUGUUCUCUUUGAAGAUAAUCUAGAGAUCUAUUUUCUUACUACGGUUUUUGAAUCCAACCGUUUAGGCCUCUGUUUUCCUCUCACAUUGUGGACUUGGACCUAAUGGAUUAUAAACCAUGGAAAGUUCUUUUUGCCAAAGAACUAAGGACUCGGAGACCAUGUAAAUGCUACAUUCACCACCUAUUUGACUGUUUAACGUUUGAAAGACUGAUUACCCUUACUGUUUGAUAAAAAAAAAAAAAAAAUGAAUUUGCAUUUUUUUUUAUAUAUAAAUAUAACUUUUGCAUUAUUUAGAAUUAGUAACCACUAAGUUGUCUCCUGGUUUUUCUUCCUUUUUUCGUUUUUAUUUUAUUUUACCUUCCCCGUGUCCUGUAAAUACAAAAUAUAUAUAUUUGUUACCUUCUUGUAGUACAAAGGCCUCAAAUUGUGGGACCCCCUACGUUUGCUUGAGUGGACUUUUUGGGGCAAUAUGUUUAGUCCUGUGUCCAAAUGGCAGUGGCACAAAAGCUGUAUCAAACUUACAAUUUCUUAAAAAGGAAGAGCCAGAUUAAUGCCUCAAUUUCAUCCCCACUUUUUUUACCACGACAAACAUCUUUGUAAGUAAAGUGUUGGUAAUUUUCCUUUCACAGUACCUUUUGGGUGCAAUGUGAUUUUUUUUUUUUUUUUUUUUUUUUUUUUUUUUUUUUUUUUUUUUUUUUUUUUUUUUUUUGGUAUAUUGUAAUUAGUUGAAGGACAUUAAACUUCAAAGGGCUUCCUGGUGGCUAAAGAUUGAGAGGAGUAUUCUCAAAAUUCUCAGUAAAUUUUAAAAGAAAACAUCACUAUAG